UGCAGAGCCAUAUGCUUUUAUCUCACAUCUACAACCGGCAUUCAUGCUUUCCUGGAAAUAUCAGUAGACUGCCUUAGAUGUCAGCGUUUGCCUGGUUUAUUUUACAACUUGUUAGCGUGUCUGUUCGCCUUUGAGGAAGUUUUUAUAUUGGAAUAAAUCUUAAUGGAAACACCGGCGCUCUACAACAAGUAUGCCCGAGUUUGGAUCCCGGACCCUCAGGAGGUCUGGAGAUCUGCAGAACUGACCAGAGACUACAAACCUGGAGAUAGUGCUCUUCAGCUGCAGCUUGAUGAUGGCAGGGAGUUGGAGUAUAAAUUAGAACCCAAAAGCAGCACUCCGCCUCCCCUUCGUAACCCAGACAUCCUGGUGGGCGAGAACGACCUCACGGCUCUGAGUUACCUGCACGAACCUGCCGUGCUGCACAACCUGCGCAUCAGAUUCGUCGACUCGAAGCUUAUCUACACCUACUGUGGAAUCAUCCUGGUGGCUAUCAAUCCCUAUGAGACGCUGCCAAUCUAUGGUGCAGACAUCAUCAAUGCAUACAGUGGGAAGAACAUGGGGGACAUGGACCCACACAUUUUUGCAGUUGCUGAAGAGGCCUACAAACAGAUGGCUAGAGAUGAGAGGAAUCAAUCCAUUAUAGUGAGCGGAGAGUCUGGAGCAGGAAAGACCGUGUCAGCUAAAUAUUCCAUGCGUUACUUUGCCACAGUCAGCGGCUCUUCCACGGAGAGGAGUGUGGAGGAAAAAGUGCUGGCAUCCAGCCCUAUAAUGGAGGCAAUUGGAAAUGCAAAAACAACCAGGAAUGACAACAGCAGUCGUUUUGGGAAGUACAUUGAGAUUGGAUUUAAUAGGAAUUACCACAUCACAGGGGCUAACAUGAGGACAUACCUGCUCGAGAAGUCCCGUGUUGUGUUUCAGGCAAUUGAAGAGCGCAACUAUCAUAUCUUCUACCAGUUGUGCGCCUCUGCCCAUUUACCUGAAUUCACAGCUCUGCAAUUAGGCAGUGCAACUAAGUUUCUCUACACUAAUCAGGGCAGAAGCCCUGUCAUAGACCAAGUGGAUGACGUUCAGGAAAUGCAAGUCACUCGGCAGGCUUUUUCACUUCUGGGUAUUAAUGAAAGUCAGCAAUUGGAUUUGUUUCAGAUCCUGGCUGCCAUUCUUCAGCUGGGAAAUGUAGAGAUGAUGGGCAAAGGCUCAGGAAACUGCAGUGUCUCAGUGGAAAAUAGUCACCUGGCUAUAUUCUGUGAUCUGCUAAUGGUGUCUCCUGAGGCCAUGGUCCAUUCGUUGUGUCAUAAAAAACUGAAGACCGCCACAGAAACCUUCAAUAAGCCUCUGACCAAAAUGGAGGCGGUAAACGGCCGUGAUGCCUUGGCUAAACACAUUUAUGCCAAGCUUUUUACAUGGAUAGUUGGUCAGAUCAAUAAGGCUCUGCAUUCAUCUAGCAAGCAGCACUCAUUCAUUGGAGUGCUAGACAUCUAUGGGUUUGAGACGUUUGAAAUAAACAGCUUUGAGCAGUUUUGUAUUAACUACGCUAAUGAGAAACUCCAACAGCAGUUUAACACGCAUGUGUUCAAACUGGAGCAAGAAGAAUACUUAAAAGAGAAGAUUCCAUGGACUCUGAUUGAUUUCUAUGACAAUAAGCCAUGUAUUAACCUGAUUGAGGCCAGAAUGGGAGUGUUGGAUCUGCUUGAUGAAGAGUGCAUGAUGCCAAAGGGAUCAGAUGAUUCAUGGGCACAAAAGCUCUAUAAUACCCACCUUAAGAAGAGUGAUCAUUUCGACAAACCACGGAUGUCCAACAAGGCCUUCAUCAUCAGUCAUUUUGCUGACAGGGUGGAGUAUCGAUGUGAAGGGUUUCUGGAGAAAAACAAAGACACAGUAAAUGAGGAACAGAUAAAUGUCCUGAAAUCGAGUAAGUUUGCUUUGCUUUUGGAGCUCUUUCAUGAAGAGGAAACAGCUCAGAGCAAAGUUGCUUCAAGUCGAACAAAGAUCACGAAAGUGGGCCAGUCUUUUAGAGAACACAAGAAAUCUGUUGGGCUACAGUUUCGAAACUCGUUGCAGUUGCUAAUGGACACUUUAAAUGCCACAACUCCUCAUUAUGUACGCUGCAUAAAGCCCAAUGACCAGAAAACUCCUUUUGUAAUGAACCCCAUUAGGGCAGUGCAGCAGUUGAGGGCAUGUGGCGUACUGGAGACUAUACGCAUUUCUGCUGCAGGCUUUCCAUCCAGGUGGACUUAUCAGGAGUUUUUCACUCGGUACCGAGUUCUGAUGAAGCAAAAGCACCUGCUGUCAGACAUGAAGUCAACCUGCCAGAAUGUUCUUGCACAGCUGAUAGCGGACCCAGACAAGUACCAGUUUGGAAGAACUAAGAUCUUCUUCCGGGCAGGCCAGGUGGCAUAUUUGGAGAAACUGAGGGCCGAUAAACUGCGUGUAGCUUGCGUCCAGAUUCAAAAGACCAUCCGUUGCUGGGUCGCCCGGAAGAAAUACCUGCGUCUGCGCACAGCUGCUGUCACCGUGCAGAGAUACGCACGUGGACACCAGGCUCGGGCCUUGUGUAAGUCCUUGAGGAAGACCAAGGCAGCUGUGGUCAUUCAGAAGUACCUGCGAAGGUAUGCAGCCAGACGACUUUAUAAGCAGAAACAAGCAGCAGCAGUGCUCCUUCAACGCCUGCUUCGUGGCCACAGAGCCAGACUGCAGUAUAGAAAGGUUCGGUAUGAGAUGAAGGUGGUGGUGGUGCAGCGCUGGGUGCGUGGCUGGCUAGCACGGCUGCACUACAGACGCACUGUGCAGGCUGUGGUGUGUCUGCAGUGCUGUGUGCGGCGAACGCUGGCUCGAAGAGAGCUCAAGAGACUCAAGAUUGAGGCACGUUCAGUCGAGCGCUACAAAACACUCAAUGUAGGGAUGGAAAAAAAGAUAAUGCAGCUACAGAUGAAAGUGGAUGAGCAGCAUAAAGAGAACAGAGAGCUGUCAAAGCGCUUGUGUGCAGUUGAAAGCUGGAGCAUGGCAGAGAUGGGUAAAUUACGCACCCAGCUAGAAACACUGCACAGGGUGGAGGAAGAAGCUCGCAGUUUUAGUGGUCAGGUGUCUGCUCUGGAAGAGGAGCUGGGAUUGACUCAGCGUGAACUGGAAAAAAACAGACUGAUGCUUGCUGAGCUGAAAGAGACAAACUGUCUGCUGAAGUGUGAGAAGGAUGAGCUAAACGGACUGAUCCAGGAACAGAGCCAACAGAUUACUGAUCAGUUGCGAGAAGCCCACAAGGAAUACACCGAGCACCUGCAGAUGGAGCUUAAUGAUGAGCGUACUCGCUACCAAAACCUUCUAACUGAACACAUCAAACUGGAGGCUCAGUAUGCUGAUUUGAAAUCAGAGCAAGUGGCUGCAACAUAUGCCACCAAACAAGGUCCAUUGAGAAAAGACUCUGUUUUUAGCAGCAAUGAAUCCGAAUACACUCAUUACUCGGAGUUUACAGAAUCAGAGGCCAGCAUACAGGUUCAAGAGGAGGAGGUAAAGGGAAGUGUGGAUGUUUCUCUCCUGCUGAAGCUGCAGAAGCGAGUUGCUGAGCUGGAGCAGGUGAAGAUGAACCUGCAGAGAGAGUGGGAUUCCAGAGAGGAGCAGCUCCAACAGGAACAUGCCACGGUACACAUACACUAGAAAACGUUAGGAGCUGAGAGAGACUACGAGGCCCAGAAGCGACAGGAGCUUGAGUCAGCGAAUAAGAGACUGAAGAAGGAUCUGAAUGAUCUGCGUGUGUCUGUCAGUGUGCGGAAGGGCUCAGGAUUGGCACAAGCUUAUAAUGUGCUCUUGGAGCAGCUGAGUUCUGCUACCGAGGAACUGGAAAUGCGCAAAGAGGAAGUGCUUUUGCUGCGCACUCAGCUGGUCAAUCUAGAGGGCUUCAAUUAUAAGGAAGCAGCAGUGGAAAGUAACUCAAGUAACACUAGCAGAUCCCCCACUUUAGAUUUACAUAAGCUGAAUGAGGAUGGAGAGCUGUGGAUGGCAUACGAGGGACUCAAAGAAACUAACAGAGUGCUGGAGUCUCAGCUGCAAGCUGAAAGACAAAGUCAUACAGAGGAGAUGGAAGCCCUGAAAACAGAGUUGCAUGUUUUGAAAGAGGAGCGAGACCAGCAGAAGCUUCUUCUCAGCAAUACACUACAACUGCCUCAAGAUGGUCGUGUUAACGCAGCUUUCCAAAACGAGAUCAGCCGCCUUACCCGACAUAAUCUAGAACUAAUGGAACAAAUGGACAAGCAGGACAAGACCACACGCAAGCUGAAGAAACAGCUGAAGAUGAGGAAGAUGGAGGAGCUGGACAAUACCUCUUUGGAUCAGCCUUGUACAGAAAGCGGAGUGACCGAGGAUCUACAAGAGGUGAACAUCCCGCGCAAAGAACGGCACUGUCAGGGCAUGCUGGAGUACAAAAAGGAAGAUGAAGCGAAGCUAUUUAGGGCGCUUAUCACAGAUCUAAAGCCCAGAGGGGUUGCAGUGAGUCUGAUCCCAGGCCUACCAGCUUACAUUCUCUUCAUGUGUCUCCGCCAUGUUGACUACACUAACGAUGACCAGAGAGUCCGCACGCUGCUCAACAACUCGAUCAGCAGCAUCAAGAAUGUUCUAAAGAAACGAAGCUGCGAUUUUGAUACAUUGUCAUUCUGGUUGGCCAAUACGUGUCGCUUCCUGCACUGCCUGAAACAGUAUAGCGGGGAAGAGGUCUACGCUAAACACAACACUCCCCAGCAGAACAAACAGUGUCUGCUGAACUUUGACCUGACUGAUUACAGGCAGGUUUUGAGUGACUUGGUCAUCCAGAUUUACCAGCAGCUCAUCAAAUGCAUGGAGGAUGUCCUUCAGCCUAUGAUUGUUGCAGCCAUGCUGGAGCAGGACACCAUCCCUGGUGUGUUGGGGAUCAAACCGACCGGGUUAAGGAAGCGUACCUCGAGCUCCUUCACGCUGGAGUGCAUUUUGAGACAGCUCGAUUCAUUCCACUCCACUCUGCUCCAGCACGGCAACGACGCCGAUCUUAUCAGACAAGUGCUCAAACAACAGUUUUACGUCAUCUGUGCCACCACACUGAACAACCUGCUCCUGCGCAAGGACAUGUGCUCGUGGAGCAAAGGGCUGCAGAUCAGAUAUAAUGUGAGUCAGCUGGAGGAGUGGCUGAUGGAUAAGAGAGUUCAGGGCGGUGGUGUCCGAGAAACGCUGGAGCCUCUGAUCCAGGCUGCUCAGCUGCUUCAGAUCAAGAAAAAGAGUCAAGAAGAUGCAGAGGCCAUCGCCAUGAUGUGCACGGCGCUCACUGCCACACAGAUUGAAAAGAUCCUGAACCUGUACACACCAGUUAAUGAGUUUGAGGAAAGGGUGUCUGCAUCAUUCAUGAACACUGUACACGCUUUGUUAAAGGAUCGUCAGGAAUCUCCUAACUUGCUCAUGGACAGCAAACUUCUCUUCCCCUUCAGUUUUCCCUUUAAUCCUUCCCUUGUGCCCCUCGAGAGCCUCCAGAUUCCCAAAAGCCUCAACCUUAGCUUUCUUACGAGUCUCUAAAACCCAGCAGAAGCUUCAUCAUUUAAUUUACACAAAGCCCUAGAGAUUUCUUCAUUGCAAUGGGGAGGAAAAAAAAGUAAUGUACAUUUAAAUAAAUAAACUGCUUUUGGCAAAACAUAA